ACAAUGAAGGUACUUUUUGCACUUUUAGUCUUACCAGCGUUGGUAUUUGCCAAUCAAGAGAAGAGAUUUGUUUUAGAUAGCAUUUUGGCAGCUGUGAACAGUGACACAAUCAAGCAAGAUUUACAGCUGAUGAUUGAUCUUGUAGGAAGUGAUCCAACUGAACAAGCUUGUGAACAGGCCGGACACAAAUAUCUGUCAGGACUUCUUGAUCAUUCAGUACCGCUAAUUUGUCAUUCGUUCCAGGAGCUUGUCCAUCAUUUUAACAUUGUACCUGCACAAACAACAACAGCAUCAGCAGCUAAACGAUUUGUGUUGGAUACACUGUUGGCAGCUGUUAACACAGACACAAUCAAGCAAGAUUUGCAGCUGAUGAUUGAUGUUGUAGGAAGUGAUCCAACUGAACAAGCUUGUGAACAGGCCGGACACAAAUAUCUUUCAGGACUUCUUGAUCAUUCAGUACCACUUAUAUGUCAUUCGUUCCAGGAGCUUAUCCAUCAUUUUAACAUUGCACCUGCACAAACUACAACAGCAUCAGCAGCUAAACGAUUUGUAUUGGAUACACUGUUGGCAGCUGUUAAUACAGACACAAUCAAGCAAGAUUUACAGCUGAUGAUUGAUGUUGUAGGAAGUGAUCCAACAGAACAAGCUUGUGAACAGGCCGGACACAAAUAUCUGUCAGGACUUCUUGAUCACUCAGUACCGUUGAUAUGCCAUUCAUUCCAGGAGCUUAUCCAUCAUUUUAACAUUGCACCUGCCCAAACAACAACAGCAUCAGCAGCUAAACGAUUUGUAUUGGAUACACUAUUGGCUGCUGUAAACGGUGACACAAUCAAGCAAGAUUUACAGCUGAUGAUUGACCUUGUAGGAAGUGAUCCAACUGAACAAGCUUGUGAACAGGCCGGUCACAAAUAUCUGUCAGGUCUUCUUGAUCAUUCAGUACCGUUGAUAUGCCAUUCAUUCCAGGAGCUUGUGCAUCAUUUUAACAUUGUACCAGCACAAACUACCACAGCAUCAGCAGCUAAACGUUUUGUGUUGGAUACACUCUUGGCUGCUGUAAACACAGACACCAUCAAGCAAGAUUUACAGCUGAUGAUUGACGUUGUAGGAAGUGAUCCAACUGAACAAGCGUGUGAACAGGCCGGACACAAAUAUCUUUCAGGACUUCUUGAUCAUUCAGUACCGUUGAUAUGUCAUUCAUUCCAGGAGCUUGUCCAUCAUUUUCACAUUGUACCUGCACAAACAACAACAGCAUCAGCCGCAGGGAAACGAUAUUUGUUGGAUACACUGUCGAACCUUGUAAACCUAGACACAAUCAAGAAAGAUUUACAGCUGAUGAUUGAUGUUGUUGGAAGUGAUCCAACAGAACAAGCGUGUGAACAAGCCGGACACAAAAUUCUGUCAGGACUUCUUGAUCACUCAGUACCGUUGAUAUGCCAUUCAUUCCAGGAGCUUGUCCAUCAUUUUCACAUUGUACCUGUACAAACAACAACAGCAUCAGCCGCAGGGAAACGAUAUUUGUUGGAUACACUGUUGAACCUUGUAAACCUGAACACAAUCAAGCAAGAUUUACAGCUGAUGAUUGAUGUUGUUGGAAGUGAUCCAACAGAACAAGCGUGUGAACAGGCCGGACACAAAUAUCUGUCAGGACUUCUUGAUCACUCAGUACCGUUGAUAUGCCAUUCAUUCCAGGAGCUUGUCCAUCAUUUUCACAUUGUACCUGCACAAACAACAACAGCAUCAGCCGCCGCAGGGAAACGAUAUUUGUUGGAUACACUGUCGAACCUUGUAAACCUAGACACAAUCAAGAAAGAUUUACAGCUGAUGAUUGAUGUUGUUGGAAGUGAUCCAACAGAACAGGCGUGUGAACAGGCCGGACACAAAUAUCUGUCAGGACUUCUUGAUCACUCAGUACCGUUGAUAUGUCAUUCAUUCCAGGAGCUUGUCCAUCAUUUUCACAUUGUACCUGCACAAACAACAACAGCAUCAGCCGCAGGGAAACGAUAUUUGUUGGAUACACUCUCGAACCUUGUAAACCUAGACACAAUCAAGAAAGAUUUACAGCUGAUGAUUGAUGUUGUAGGAAGUGAUCCAACAGAACAAGCGUGUGAACAGGCCGGACACAAAUAUCUGUCAGGACUUCUUGAUCACUCAGUACCGUUGAUAUGCCAUUCAUUCCAGGAGCUCGUCCAUCAUUUUAGCAUUGUACCUGCACAAACAACAACAGCUUCAGCUGCAGGGAAACGAUAUUUGUUGAAUACACUGUCGAACCUUGUAAACCUAGACACAAUCAAGAAAGAUUUACAGCUGAUGAUUGAUGUUGUAGGAAGUGAUCCAACAGAACAAGCGUGUGAACAGGCCGGACACAAAUAUCUGUCAGGACUUCUUGAUCAUUCAGUACCGUUGAUAUGCCAUUCGUUCCAAGAACUCGUUCACCAUUUCAGUAUUGUCCCUUCACAGACAGCAUCGCCUUAGAAAAAUAAUAUGGUUUUGCAUCGAUUUAUAGCUGGUAAUUGUAAUAACUGUACACUUGAAAAUUAUAUUUUGUUGAUAAAA